AUGUUUAUCAAAGAUCAGACUUCUUUCCACCAAUCAUAGCAAAGGACUCUUGUAUCUCGGCGGAUGCCUCCAUCUAUCCCACGCUUUGAUUGGUCUAGACGUACUAAGUUUCCGGCGCCUCGAUUGAGUUAGCUAGCUGCAGAGAGGGAAAGAGGUCUGUUCACUGCACGCAAAACUUUUCCUGCUGCUUUUUUAAAUGGAGAUCUAAUUUUCGCCUGUGUGAGAAAAACGCUAUCACAUUCGCAUCGAACUUUAAGCUAUCAUCACUCUGAAUAUGAUAUGGUUAAAGUGAUGGUCAAGGGAUUGCAAGGGAGUUGAUAGAGAGAAGAUCGACGUCGAACUGUAAUUCGUUUCUAUCGAAGCCGACUGCGAUAGUCAGCAUGGCAAAGCCGCAAAUGCUUCGUGUACUGCUGUGUGCAGUGGUGAUGAGUAUCGUGAAGGGGCAAACAUACACAGUACAGGAUAUAGCAGAUAUGCAGAAUCAGGUAAUCUAUGAACUGUUCGAUUAUUUCCAUUUCUCUCAAGAGAGACAGCUUACUACCGCCUUUGAAAAACUGAAGCAAAUUGAAAAUCGUCUGUUGCAAGCAGAACGAGCCCUAGGAAUCGACGGCAGUAACGCCCCUGCCAUACCAGGCUUCGUCCGACCAACGUCACUUUAUCGCCCUGAUCCGCAGCGUCGCCCUGAAUACAAUCGACGAAAACCGCCCCAGGCGUCACGCGCAACGGCUUUUCCCCGUGAGCUUCCGGUUGGACGUGUAACGGCCGCGGCACCACGUCCACCAACAUGGGCACCCCCAAGACGACCCAAAACCACCUUAGCCCCUGAACCACCAACGCGUCCACCCUACGCUAAGACAUGUGCAGAGAUCCACCAAAUGGGAUACCUUUUACCUGAUAUACCAAUGUAUUCCGUAGAUCCAUUAAAUGACAAUGAUCUGGUGAACGUUGUUUGUGAGAAAAGCAGACGCCUUGACGGUACCCAGACGGUCUAUACCGUGAUAGGUCAUUCAGCUUUGAAUGAAGCGGACAAGGAGAUCUUGGUCAGCGGUCAUGAGGACCCGGGCUCGUUUAGUCUCAAACCUGUAUACGAGGCCAAUAAGAAACAACUGAAGGCGAUGACCGCAGCGUCAAGGUCAUGUGAGCAGUUCAUCGCCUACAGGUGCCAAGGAUCGGUUCUUAUGCAGCGGUCACUCGAGACAGGGACAACCUAUGGGUGGUGGGAAACCAUUGAUGGUGACCGCGUGGAGAGUUGGGGAGGUGCACCAUUCAAUAGCAGUAUGUGUGCUUGUGGAGUAAGACGGAGAUGUGUAAACCCACAACGGCCUUGUAACUGCGAUGCUAACAAGCAGUCUUCUGAUGAAGGGUUCAUUAUGGAUAAACAAUACCUUCCGGUUAGUGAUGUGCGAUUGGGUGAUACAGGCGGUAAAAAAGAAAAGGGUUUCCUCGAACUUGGUCCCCUCCGUUGUGAAGGAUUGGCUUAGUGGUUCAAUAUGAAUUGGUCAUCGAUGAUGGAGACGAUGGGAGAGGAACCAUGACGAUUACCAUCAUGAUAUCCCAAACACGCACAGUACACCGCAAGAUUUACCAGAAACGAUCCUCAAGGACAAUCGUCAUGACUUUUUAUAAUCAAACGGACAUGAACAUGAACCUUAGUUAAAGUGAGAGGAUGGGAUGCAAUUUUCUUUCUUUUUUUCGUCAAUUUUAUGACCCAUUUUCUAUAUAACUUGCAUAUAAUAUUAAUCAAUCUUCUAUUUUUUAAAUUGUUAUGGAGUGUAUCUAACAAAGACCCUGAUAAUUUAUAGCAUAUUCACGUAAUGGGUUAUCUGACUUCUAUGUUUAAAACAAAAACUCUAUUGAUGGAUGUCUCCCAAACGUUAAUAUGGCUGGCUAUUGGACUUUUGAAAAUGUACACAUAGUACAUACAACGUUAGUUUGCCAUGUUUGUGCUAGUUUCCUUCCUUCUUUUUUUUUUGGGGGGGGGGGUGUUUUUAAUGAGACUAAUGAAGUCUCGCAAUGUCUGGAGGUCUUUGAGGCACUCGUAUGACUUGACAUUCUUCGAGCCGAGAUAACUUUGCAUACUUUUUUUUCAAAUCGAAGGACCGACAGAGGAAUAGGAAGCUAUUUUGGGGUCCAAUAACACUACUUUGCUGAUCUUGAAAAUUAAAUGAACAUCAAUUUUCACCCUGAAGGUAAAUACAUAUAAAUAGUUUAAUAUAGCACGACACCGUUUUCUCUAGAGAAACCAUGUGAAUAUUUUGAGCAUAAAUGGGUCCCUGUAUCAUAACUUGUUGAUGAAACAUUUGAUCCAAAUUGCAAGGUUUACUCCAAGUUAGUCGAAUACCAUUAUUUUCACAAUUCACUUCUGUCAAAGUUAACUGAAAUCCCUUUGAUGGUACUCCGUGCCAUCCGAAGACCUUUACGAAUCUUUUUAUAUAAAUCAAUGAACAUUCAGAUUUCUUUUUUCCUUUUAAUUAGAUCAACAAUUGUCAAUACAAGCGCUCUCAAACAGGGUAAUAUAAUGAUACAUGCAGAUAAAGCGUUGCUAAUAUGUCAGAAUCAUAAUGUAUGAUUUUAUUUUGUACAUUUAUUUUUAUAAUCGUAAUUUAUAGAGUAAUAUCAUGUUAGUUUUUAACCGUCUACAAUGAUGUAAUCAGCAAUGGCACUUGGAUAUGAUAUGUUUUAUUUCGUUUUCACCAAACUAGAAAUUGUAGUUGUUUUAGAUUAAACAAGGUCUACAAGGCCUAUAAUAAAACAAAAUGUUUAUAUUCAAAAAAAAAAUUCUUCAUGAAAUUGUCAUUUCGUGCCUUUGCAUCGAACGUUGGA